AAGUCAUGCGGACUUUUUCUCUUCUUAACCCUAGUUCUUAUAAAUUCGGGAUCGAGACAUGAAGCGAAAUACCUCAGUGGCAUCUCUCACUUCUUGGAAAAGCUGGCUUUCUCCUCCACAGCUCAGUUUGGCAGCAAAGAUGAAAUUCUCCUCACCUUAGAAAAGCAUGGGGGCAUUUGUGACUGUCAGGCAUCGAGGGACACCAUAAUGUAUGCUGUUUCUGCUGAUGCCAAAGGCCUGGACACAGUGGUCAACUUGCUGGCUGAUGUAGUACUACAGCCCAGGCUGUCAGAUGAAGAAAUUGAGAUGACUCGAACGGCUAUACGAUUUGAACUUGAAGACUUGAAUAUGAGACCUGAUCCAGAGCCUCUCCUCACAGAAAUGAUCCAUGCGGCAGCCUACAGAGAUAAUACAGUUGGACUGAACAGAUUCUGCCCAGUGGAUAAUACUGCCAAAAUUGAUCGAGAAGUCCUGCAUUCGUACCUGCGCAACUACUACACGCCAGACAGGAUGGUGCUUGCUGGGGUGGGAAUCGAGCACGAGCAGUUAGUGGAGUGUGCAAAGAAAUACCUGCUUGGAGCGGAGCCGGUGUGGGGCCGCGGGCAGACCAAGGAUGUGGACAGAUCUGUGGCUCAGUACACAGGAGGCAUUGUCAAGGUUGAGAAAGAUAUGUCAGAUGUGAGUCUGGGCCCUACUCCCAUCCCAGAGCUUACCCACAUCAUGAUUGGGUUAGAAAGCUGCUCAUUUUUAGAGGAAGAUUUCAUUCCCUUUGCGGUAUUAAACAUGAUGAUGGGAGGUGGUGGGUCUUUUUCAGCUGGAGGGCCUGGCAAAGGCAUGUUCACCCGACUGUAUCUCAAUGUGCUCAACAGGCACCACUGGAUGUAUAAUGCAACUUCUUACCACCACAGUUAUGAGGAUACAGGUCUCCUAUGUAUACAUGCCAGCGCAGAUCCAAAACAGGUUCGAGAGAUGGUGGAAAUAAUCACGAAAGAAUUCAUUCUAAUGGCAGGAGCAGUAGGAGAGGUAGAACUUGAGCGAGCGAAGACGCAGCUGAAGUCCAUGCUCAUGAUGAACCUUGAGUCUCGGCCAGUUAUCUUUGAAGAUGUGGGUAGGCAAGUGUUGGCAACAAACACAAGGAAGCUACCUCAUGAGCUCUGUGCCCUCAUCAGUCAGGUGAAGUCCACUGAUAUCAAGAGAGUGGUCACAAAGAUGCUUCAUAAAAAGCCAGCUGUAGCUGCACUGGGUGACUUAACAGAUUUGCCCACUUACGAACACAUCCAGGCAGCACUUUCCAGUAAGGACGGGCGGCUCCCUCGGAUGUACCGGCUCUUUCGAUAAAGCAGUGUAUCCUGCAUGUCUGAGACUUGCUUCUUUUUUUAACAUUUUUUUUUGAGAUUAUAAUAUUGCUGCAAGCCCUCCUCCCUCCCCGUCUUUCCAGGCAUAUUGUGCAAACAUGGAGCUACGCUACAGCUGAACAAAGCUGCUUCAGAACACUGGGCUGUGAAGAGCUCAUUAUGUUGGGCUUAAAGGCCCACCCUGGCUCUGGAUGAGUACUUUGACCCUCUGAGUUAGGUUACAAGAGAAGAUGGGUGCAUACAGCCUUCUCUUGGCACUGGAGAGAACAUAGCAAGCCAAAAUAUUCAUCACUACAGCAGAAAGCACGUACCUGAGAAGUCACUGCUGUGUGUUACCGCUUAAUCAGAUCAGCAGGAGAAGUGGGGCUGUCACGCUGGCAGCCCUGAUGUGUGCCCUUCUUGAGGAACGUGGUGGCAUGUUAAAGAGCUUGGCUUACAGUUCUGAAUUCAAAGAAUAUUUAUAGCUGUUACCAAGGUGAACAAAAGACUUGGUCAGACCGCAUUAGAAAAAAUACUAGUUAUAAUCCAUGUGAAGUUAGGCAACGAGAUUUGUGCAGUCCAGGAUUUGUUACAAGCAUCAUGGAUCCAUUUCAUCGGUGUAAUUUACCAUUUGUAGUACUACUAGAGGUCACAUGUCUGGAAAUAACUAGUGUCUCUGGAGUUCAUCUACAGAGAUACCGCACAUAAUGCUACAUGGACACUUAGUCUAGAAUGAAAGCGAUCCUAUUCUUGGGGUUUUUCCACUUGCAAGUGAAUGAUUCUAAAGAAUUAAAGUUCUUUUACUCCAAAGUUGGUAAACAAACAGAAAAUUUUUAAAGGAAUUGCUGCUACUGCACCUUAAACUCAUACCUACUUUCUUCAUUGUCACUCAGGUGAACUUAAGGCCUUGCAAAGAGACAGCGUAAUUGUCAGUCUCACAGCAGAGCUGUCGCUCAGCUAGGAGUCAAGAUCAACAAAAUGACAAUGUUUAGACAACAUUAGAUCAUAAGAUCUGGAAAGUGACUGACACCAUGUUACAAAAAGACAGGAAACUAAGUGCCACAGCAUUUGACAUAUUGAGGAAAUGGAGACCCAAAAGAGAUGAAGAAAACACUUGAUUUACAUAAUCCCCUAACAUAUGGGCUUAAAAAUGUAGACAGCUGCGUUGCAGCACUUCCCUGGCUAGAUGUGUAUCGUAAGGAGCAAUCCGACUGGGAGCAGAACACUGUAAGGCAGCUAUUACCUGCUUUAUCCCCAUACCUUUCCUCAUGCAACUGGAAGAGAACAUGUUGCAUUGCUUCUUGUGGAACCCACAAUACGGAAGUCCUAUUCAGUUGUCAUGUAUGUUUGUAAGAAAAUAAAGAGACCUCUAAAUGACUGGA